AUGCGAUUUGCUUUAUGGGCGUUCUUUAUAUCGUUGGUAGUCGCUGACAUAGCCUUGGUGGAACCGGGGACGGGUAAAAGCUUUUCACCCAGUGGUGGGACCUUGUCUAUCCCAGUGAAAUGGAACGACGAUGGAAAAGCCCCAACUCUGAGCAAGAUUGAGUAUUACGUUUUUAAUCUAUGUUAUGGUAACAACGAUAAUAUUGAUUGUGUGGAACAAAGUGGGGACAAUAAUAAAGUAGAGAGUUCCGAUCUGAAGAAAGGCGACGAUGGGUACUACUCAGAAACUGCGACAUUUGACAGCUCUGCUGCCGGUAAUGGGCAGUAUUUUUUGCAAGUUUACGGCUUUAUCAAAGAUCUUGGUGGAGGCACUAUCUACCAGAGUAUCCAUUACUCGCCCCGUUUCACAUUGAAGUCCAUGAAAGGUACCAUUAGUCCCUCGGUGACCACUAAUACGCAACCAACAGCCCAAGUUGCUUACCAGACCGCCACCGCCGCUCAAACAGGUGAUACCUCUAAAUCUUUCACCGUUCCUUACACCAAGCAGACUGGCUCGUUUAGAUACGCUCCAAUGCAAACGCAGCCCUCGGGUUCCGUAACCGCCACGAGCUGGACAAGAAGGUUUCCAACGAGCGCAGUGACAUUCUACUCUACCUAUCAAACUUCUGUGCAACAGGCAAGUACCAUCACUCCCGGCUGGUCAUACACGAUCACUAGUGAAGUGAAUUGGGCUACUCCUCGGCCAUAUCCGUCUCAAAACGGUGGGUGGUAUGAUCCUAAGUCUAGACAAACUCUCACCACAAGAAAAUUGAACUUAAAGCAAUGGGUGGGACACGCAUUUGCGUCGAGUGCUUAG